GAAAACAUUUAUUCGCGUUAAAUUUGUAAAUGAAAAUGUUAAUCACAUUCUCAUUAUGACUGAUGUGAAACUGUGUCGAACUAUAACUGAAAGAAGAUUAAGGAGAAACCUUAUAGAUUACAGGAACUAAGCAAAGGAAAAGUCUGACGGAGAAGAAUCUGAAGAAAGUAGCAUCGAUGAAAAGCAAGGUCCGUCGAAUAUCAGUAAAAAAACCUCUUCGUCGGGUUUGAAAUGGAUUAAAAUGCAAUUUGAGUGAAAAGACUUGCCAAAAAAUUUCACAAAUGAUAAUGUAGCCGGAGGUUUGAGUCCUUGAGGUUACUACAACAAAUAUUUAAAUGACAUUUUUUCGAAGUUGGAGCAGUACCGACAUCUAGAUAUCAUUUAUAGCAAACUGGAGGAGAGAUAAAACCAAAAUUACUCUAGAAGAGAUCAAACAAUUUUUUGGCACGCAUGCUGUCAUUUGGUGCUUUAAAUUUCCUAGAACUCAUAAUUACUGGAGUAUUAAGUAUCAGCAAACAAUUAUUGCCGAUGUAAUGAAUCGGGACAGAUUCUAAGAAUUUCGUACAAAUUUUCAUGUAGUAGAUAACCUUGCGGUCUCCGAAGAUGUCAAAAAACUGAACCACUUGUGAAAAAUUCAACCAAUGAUUGAUCAAGUCAGAAACACAUGUAAAGAUAUUGUCAGGCCAAUUGGGGGGAACUUUCUCAAUUGAUGAGCUAAUGAUUCCAUUUUUAGGACUCGGUAAUUUGUAAAGAAUAAGCCAAGACCCUUAAAUUACUGAAUGUGAAACAUUUUUUUAAAACCAGAAAAUGUACAUUUAAAACAUUUAAAAUAGCUGGAUGGAAUAUAGAAAUGAUUGCGUAAUGAAUAAAUUCAAGUCCAAAGAUAUCAUGGAUUUUUUGAUAUUCCGUUUAAGUUUAGGAGAGUUUUUAGAUUGUGGCAUAAAAAAAGGGAAAGAGAAAGUGAAGACACUGAUGUAGGAGAAGAAGAUGCGAGACCAAGUUCUAAGAAAGCUAGAUGUGCUCCACUUCCUUGUGAAGACAAACGAUUUGAUGGCUUCAAUCAUAGGCCAGUUAAUGAGAACCAAAAAAAUCCAAACAUGUGUAUGGUGAUUUUGUUAUUAUAAAAGACAGUCCAUUACGACAAAUGAUAUAAUUUAUUUUCGUAAGACAGUUUCUAAAGACAUAAAGACUUAUCAUUAAACAUGUCAUCAGGAAUCAAAUUAUUAGUUGAAGCCAAGCCACUAUUUACAAGUUAUUGUAGGCGAAGGGCAGUAGGAUUAUUCCAUAAAAAAAUGUCCUCAUUAAAGACUAAAGAAAAGCCAAAAAUUACCCCAUUGGAAGAAUCUCGCCGAUUUAUGAUAGAUUGUUUCAAAGCAGUCGGCUGUAAUCAAAAUCACGCCGAAAUAAUAUCGGCAAAUUUAUUAGAAGCAGAUUAUAGAGGACACUAUAGUCAUGGAAUGAAUAGACUGGAAAUGUAUAUUAAUGAUGUUAAGGGUGGUUUAACCCUUCCAAACGCUGUACCAACUAUUGAAAAAGAAACAGUAGCAACUGCUGUUGUUAAUGGAAAUAACGGAUUUGGAGCAGUGGUGGGACAAUAUUGUAUGGAUGUAGCAAUAGAGAAAGCCGCAAAGGCAGGUAUUGGUCUGGUUGUCUGCCAUCAUUCAAAUCAUUAUGGGAUAGCCGGGAUGUAUGCGUUGCAAGCUAUCAAGAAAGGAUACAUAGGAUUUAGUACUACUAAUACCUCACCUCUAAUGGUUCCAACCAGAGCAAAGCAGGCGGCGCUAGGAACAAAUCCAAUAGCUUUGGGAGUGCCAGCACUCAAUGGGGAUAGUUUUGUUUUGGAUAUGGCAACUACAGCGGUUGCUUUAGGAAAGAUAGAAAUAGCACGAAGGAAGAAUGUCCAAAUUCCUGAAAGCUGGGCAUUGAAUGAAGAGGGUAAAGUAGAAAGUGAUCCAGACGUAGCGUACAAUGCAACUAGACUGCUCCCACUUGGAGGAGAGGAACUCAAUUCCGGCUAUAAAGGAUAUGGAUUGGGCAUGUUUGUUGAAAUAUUUUCUGGAAUUCUAUCAGGUUCAACGUAUGGUCCAAACAUUAGACACUGGGCGAAUUACGAAAAAGAAGCUAAUUUAGGACAAUCAUUCCUGGCAAUUGAUCCAAAUGCGUUUGCUCCUGGUGUCGAACAUAGAAUGAGCGAUUUAAUGAAUCAUAUGAGAAAUAUGGAACCUGCGGAUCCUAAAUUACCUGUAUUAGCGCACGGCGAUCCUGAGAGGAUUCACAUGGAGAAAGUCCAUAGAGAUGGAGGACUAUGCUACGUUGAAAAUCAGCAUGAAACCAAUUUAAAGUUGGCUAAAGAAUUAAAUGUUUCUCCAAUGGUGUCUAAUUAAGAAAAUAUUUUACAGUUUUCAUAGGAGAAUUUUAAUAACUUUUUUAUAUCGGAAAUUUGUAUGUAUUCUACCUUAAUUUUAUAGAUACGGAUAUAUCAAAUAUAUACAAGGAAAAUUAGCAACCUUCAUUUUAUCUAUUAAUAAAAAAUUUCGAGAUUUAGUUUAAUAAAAAAAAUAUUGUCUGCAAUGCGUGUUUUUUGAUCUUUGAAGUUUUUUCUAGUUUAAAUAGGGAAUGAAAUAAAACGUCUAAUAUAUUGUUUUCUACCGUCAA